CAUUCGAUUAUUUCCAUUUCUAAUAUUUAUCUGGUUAUGCAAUGAAAUUCAAUCUGUAUAUUCCCCACCAUCAUAGCGCCUACCUACUGGCUACGAUUCUAAACUACAAUGUUGAAUGCUGUAAUUUUGUUUAACUUAUGUGUGGCUACAUGUUAUGCUACUACAAUGGUUGAAGACUGGACGUUAUCAUUCAAUAAUUCUAAUAUUAGCCAGUUGGAAAUGGGCAGUAGCACAGACAUACUAGCCUAUGUAUACACAAAUACAUUCAUUGCGGAUGAAAAUUUAAAACUUCAAAUGAUUACUACUGAUGAGGAUGUAGCGUAUGUCAGACAAAAUUUCUUUGAUUUGCCCAAAAACCGCCAACAGAUACCAUCCAACUGGAGUUUUCAUUUUAAUUUAACUGCUGAGUUCUUAGGAUAUACCAAACUUUAUCUUCGAGUUGUAGAAAUAAAAAAUAAUACUAUAAUAUCAAUUAAAAGCUCAAGUGAUGACCAUUUGAAUAUUGUGGUGAUUCGUAAACCACAACUAAUUGAUAAGAUAUUUGUAAUUUGUGUUGCUAGUUUGAUGAGCAUCAUAUUUAUAAACUUAGGAUGUGCUUUGGAUGUAGAACAGCUUAAACAAUGUGUUCGAAAACCAAUUGCUCCAGCCGCUUCUUUUUUUGCUCAGUUCCUAAUUUUACCAAUUCUCAGUUAUUUUUAUGCAUUGUUAAUAUUCCAAAAUUCAGUUUCAAUGCAGUUAGGUUUGUUCUUCACGGGAAUUAGUCCUGGAGGUGGUGCAUCUAGCGUAUGGUCACUGCUUUUAGGUGGCAAUAUCAAUCUCAGUAUUGUCCUUACAACCGUUGGAACCUUGGCUUCUUUUGUUAUGAUACCAUUUUGGAUUGUGUUUCUUGGUAAACGCAUCUUUUCUAUGGGAGAAAUACCUGUUCCUUAUUCACGUAUUGCCACAUCUAUUAUUGCAUUAAUUAUUCCUUUAUUUAUUGGUUAUUGUAUUCAACGGUUUUUGCCUAGAGUGAGUAGAAUUAUGACACGUGUGUUAAAACCAUUAUCAAGUUGUUUGAUAAUAUUUAUUAUUAUCUUUGCCACAGUCACCAACUUCUACUUAUUUAAAAUAUUUUCUUGGAAAAUUAUUUUGGCUGGUGCAAUAAUACCAUGGACAGGUUAUAUAGUAGGAUUAUUAACAGCUGUUCCUGCACGUUUGUCCAAACCGGAUAUAAUAUCAAUGAUGAUUGAAUCUGGUAUACAAAAUACUGGUAUUGCUAUAUUCAUGUUAAAAUUUUCAUUGGGACAACCCGCUGCUGAUUUAACAACAGUGAUACCAGUAGCUGUGGCAUUAAUGACUCCCAUUCCUUUAUUAAUAGCCUUCAUAAUAAAAAAAUGUUUUGGAAAUAAAACUGAAAUACCAAUGAAUCAAGAUCCUGCAACCGAAUCAAUGAUAAAAGAUAAUGAAAUUAUAUCUCCAGAUUCUGGAAAUGAAAACAUAAAAGUGUGAAUUUUACCAAUAAGACCUGUAUUAUCUUGUUAUGUUAGUUAAUCUGUUAAUAUUUUAAUAUAUAUACAAUAUGUAGUUAUAAUUGUUGGCCAUCCUAUCGUAUACACUUUAUAGAUAACAUUGUAUCUGCAGUAUGCCACCUAUCUUAAAAUUCACUUGAUUUAUAUUAUUGUUAUGGCUCUAAUGGUUAUUAUAUUCAUUAAGUUUCUUGCUGUUAAAAGAAACCAAUUAUUGACCAGCAACUCUCUGAUUUAAGUAUUUUAAACAUUUUAGUUUACAAAAUGCUCAUGUAAAUAUAUUUAAAUCUAA